CUCACUUAAAUCAGAGCUUGAUCUGGAACGUUAUCUUGAUCUCCCACCGCCUUCCGAUGAACCAGAAGAAGAAGGAGAGGGUGCAAAUGCAGUUAAUACUAGUGGAUACCAUGCCAUUCCUUUCUCUUAUGGAAAUUAUAAUGAUUGUGCUGAACAAGCGGGGUCUGCUAUGGGGUUUGAGAACUCUGGAUUUCGUCCUUCCUUCAGUGUGCCUGAAAACCUUCUUCAAUGCUUGGUAAGUUUGUGUGUGUAGGUCUACUUCAUUACAUUUUUAUGACUGUUGGAUAUUGUAGUUACUUGCUAACAAGAUUUCCCCAUGUGGCCGAGACUAGUGCCUAAAUUUUAUAUUAUUCUUCACCAUGUCUAAGUUUUCAGAAUUCAGAUGCUUGGAGCAGUGACGGAGUUAUUGUCAUCUAAGGUUGCCAUUCACAGGCACCUUGUUUCCUUUUGAUGUCAUGACCAAAGGAGAGUGCGGUACAGGUGGGAUUAGGAAUAUAAAGUUUCUUUACAAGGACAGUUAUCUUUGUUGCUUGAGGGGGGAAGUUCUACUUAAUCAUAUUGUAAAACUCUGCUAGUUGACCAUUGCUUCACUCGUCUGAUUGAUUGUUGAUCUUGAGAUUAUUUUGUAAGAUUCCAGUUUCUGUUUGAUAUUUUAAUGUAUUUUGAAGUUUACUUUUUAACGGAGAAAUGUUUUGAUUUAUGUGUUUUUCAGCCACCAUCUGAGAAGGUUCAUCAAAUAAUUGCAAAGACUGCUCAAUUUGUUAGCAGACAUGGCGGGCAGUCGGAAAUCGUUCUGAGGGUGAAACAGGGAGAUAACCCAACAUUUGGCUUCUUGAUGCCUGAUCAUUACUUACAUCCGUAUUAUAGGUUUCUUGUUGAUCACCAAGAACUGUUGAAUUCUGAUGGGAAACCACAAAAUGAAGAAAGAAAGGAUGUUAAUGAGCCAGAUGGUGCAUUAUCCUUGCUUGGUUCUAUUUAUGGGUCCGGAGAGGAUGAGGAUGUUCCUAACAACAUGGCUUAUAAUGAAGCUGUUGAUGCAGUUUCUUAUACUGCACAAGAGAAGGGUGAAUCUAGUGCAAAUGUGAGCAGACAAGAUGAGAUAAUUUCCAAGCAUCCGCCUCCAUCUGGUAGUGGUUUAGAUAAAGAAAAGAGUCAUCUACUGAAAAAGAAUCCUUUGAUCAGUGGAUCCAAGAAUGGAAGCACAAGCCGUAAAAAACUGAAAGAUGAUUCUAUUUCUGCUUCUGUUGCUGCAGCAUUAGAGAAGAUUAAGGCAUCUGGUCUCGGAACAUUUAAGAUUGAACCUGUAGUUCUAGAGCCUCCAUCUGAUUUGAAGAAUUUGAUUGGCAAGAUUGUUGAGUUUAUUGUGAAGAAUGGAAAGCAGUUUGAGGCAACACUUAUAGAACAGGAUAGUAAGCAUGGCAGGUUUCCUUUUCUUCUCCCAUCCAACAUGUAUCAUCCUUACUAUUUGAAAGUUCUCCAUGGUGCUCAAGAGUCAAAAGUUAGUGGCAAGAGCCUCCAUUCUGGGAAUGAUGAUUCAAUUGGGCAAGGGCUGGAAAAGAGAGCUUCGCUGUCCAAGGAAGGUGGUUCCCUGCCCUUUGGAUCUGGUGAGGGUGAUGUGCCUUACGAAUUCGAUAAGAAAGAGAAAUUUAAGAUGGUGAUUGGAAAAUCAAAGAAGGAAUCACAGGAACCAUUGGACAAAGGGCAGCAGCAAGAGCAUGGAUUCAGUGUAGAUGCUGCUGCUGCCGCCGCCAUUCUUCAAGCAGCUGCUAGGGGCAUUAAGAAUCCUAAUAUAGGAAUUCUCUCACAAGCUGCUGUAAAUGCUAAUAGCCAGGGCAAUACCACUGAUGGCAGCCUAGGUACUAUAACUUCAUCUGGACACGACAAUAUGACUGCAGUGUCUAGGGCAAUUCCUAAAUCCAAUGCUGAAGCUGAUUCUUCUGAAACACAGUUGAGUAAAGAUCAGAAGCUGAAAGCAGAGAGGCUGAAGAAGGCAAAGAUGUUUGUGGCCAUGUUGAAAAAUGGAGCUGCUCCACGUGGAGUAUCCUUGGAACCACCGGAAUCUGGGCUAUCAGGUUCCGGCACUGAGUUGAAUCAUCGUGGUGAACAAAGAGAAGGCAGUUCAGCUCCAUUAGAUGGUGAUAUGUCAGACCAAGGUGGAAGGCUGAAACCUGGAGAUGAAUAUAAUGAGAGGAGAUCAAUUAGGAAAUACAGAUCGAGAUCUGGGAGACAUGAAGUGGAUGAAGAUGGUGAAGGUGAAAGGAAACAGCAAUCUACCAGGAAAGAACAUUACUCUUCAAUGAAAAAUGGAGGAGAAGAAAGUGAAGAUGUAAAGGAUCACAAGCGUUCAAAGAGGAAGCAUCAUCGGUCACACUACUCGGAUGAAGAUGAAGCUUCUGACAAAUGUGAAGAGGAAAGGGGCCAUAGACAUUCUAGGAAGAAGCAUCAUCGGUCACACCACUCAGAUGAGGAUGAGGCAUCUGACAAGUAUGAAGAGGAAAGGGGUCAUAGACAUUCUAAGAAGAAGCAUCAUCGGUCACACUACUCAGAUGAAGAUGAACAUGAAGCAUCUGACAAGUAUGAAGAAGAAAGGGGUCAUAGACAUUCUAGGAAGAAGCACCGGUCUCAUCGCACUUCCAAUAAAUAUGAUGAUGAUGAGGAAAGAGAUGAGGAAAAUCAUAGACACUCUAGAAAGAAUAAAUCUCAUCGCUCACAUCCCAAAAACAAACACAAGCAACUAAAAGAAGCUUCUGAUGAUGAGCAGCAUCGGCACAAGUCCAACAAACAUAGGAGGGGUACUGCCGAAAGAGAAGACCUUGAGGAAGGAGAGAUCAGCGGCAAAGUGUCAGAUCAAUCCAGAGCAAGUUUGGGUGGUACAAUCAGUAGAGAAGCUUCUCAAGAUAUUUCUAGUCCACGACAAAUUGCCCCAUCUGAGCCCUCCGAUGAUCUCAGGGCUAAGAUACGAGCAAUGUUGAUGGAAACUAGAAGGUAGCUCCAUAUCAUUACCUCAUUACCUUUAGAGAGAAGUGUAAACUGGAAGGUUUUUCUACCGAAAACGUUUUAUUUUACUGACACUAAUCUUGAUCAUUUGAUCCAAUUGAUACUUUAUCUUCUUUUGCCUUUGCGGGUUAA